AAAAAUAACUUGAACGAAAAAAAACAUUUUAAAAAUUGUGCUAAAAGAGCAAUUAUUAUGUUGUGAAAUCAAUAAAUUCCUUAUAGGUUUUUAUCAUAGUUGAAUAGCUCACUUUUUUUAUAAUUCAAAUAAAGAAAAUUACGUAAAACUCACAAUGAUAUAAAUAAAGAAAUUUCAAGCUUGAUAUUGGAAAUGUUUAUUUCGAUGCUAUUUAUAUUGAUUUAAUAUGUGUUCAAUAAUGAAAGGUAUAGAAGCUAAGGUCGUUAUUUUGGGGUCAGGAGGAGUUGGGAAAACUAGUUUAAUCACUCGCUAUGCUAAAUCGACUAAACCAAAUGACACAUCCCCCUCGCCAACAAUUGGAGCAUCAUUUUUUAAUUGUAAGAUCUUUUUAGAGGAUGUUAAAAUUACAUUACAAGUGUGGGAUACUGCUGGACAGGAACGUUUUAAGGCUGUUGCUCCAAUGUAUUAUCGCAAUGCUAAUGCAGCUUUAUUAUGCUUUGAUCUUACGCAAUAUAGUACAUUCAAGGAUAUUAAAAUAUGGGUUCAAGAGCUCCAUCGAAAUGUACAAGAUCCCAUGAUUUUGAUUUUAGUUGGUAAUAAACUAGAUUUGGAAAAUAGCAGGACUGUAUCUCGCGAUGAAGCAUUUUUAUACGCAUCAUCAAUAGGAGCUAAUUAUUUUGAAACUUCUGCUCAACAAGAUCAAGGUUUAAAUCAAGUAUUCUUAUCGGUAGCACUAGGUUUAGUACAUUUAGCCAAAGAAGGGAAAUCUCAUACCUUAAAACAAUUUGACUCCAGUGAUUCAAUAACAGCCUAUAUGUUAGCAUCUCCUUCCGAUAUGACUCUUAAUUUACCGUCGGUUCAAGUUGGAAUACCAGUUGAAAAUAACGUAAAAGCCAAUGGUGUUGGUCGUUUAGAAAGAGUUUCGUGGAGUAUUGAUCAUAUUGCACAUGCAGAUGUAGAAAAAUCUGGAUGGUGCUGCUAACAUAUGUAUAUUGUUGUUAUGUAUAUAUGCAUACCUAUAUUUAUAUAAUACAUUUCACUAUUUUUAUGCUAAAAAAAUUUAAAGUUUGUAUAAAUUAGCAAGUUACAUACGUUUGUUUAUGUAAGUUAUCGAAUUUCGCCGUACGGAAAUGUUUGACUUUUGAUAAUGACGUAUCGGAUUUUCAUUUCAAUGUGCUUUAUACUUUUAAGUUAUGUAGAAAAGACAAGUCACAUUAGUUUUAAGUAAUUUAUCAACAUUAGUUAUUCAAUACAGUAACAAAAUUAAAAAUGGUCUUUAUAAGCUUCUUGAAAAAAGCAAUUUGAGUCUAUUAGGACAAAUUACUAUAAAGUAAUUAAAAAUACUUUUUUAAAGCAGUUUAUUAUAAAUUUUUGUAAUUUAAAAAAAAUUUUUUAUAAUCAUCCCGCAUUUGUAAAAAAUUGUAAAUAAAUGUAUAAUAUAUACUA